AUGGGAUUCCAUAAACUGAUGCAAUACCUGUCAGAGACCUUCCAGGAUCCCAACCGCAAGCUGACAGCUCGCCAGGAGUACGAGAGCCUGAAGCAAGGCGCAAGGGAUGAGUUCUCGAACUUUCUCGCUGAUUAUUUCCAUCUCGCAGAAGAAGCAGAUCUCUCUCUAGGGGAUCGCAAGCAAGGGCUCUACCACAGGCUCUUCUGGCGGCUCCAGAAAGAAGUCACUGUGUACCUGAUCGAUUCGGACCUGAACUUCCUUUACUUUGUCCAUUGUAUGAUUAUUGUCGAAACACAUAAUGAAAUUCCGAAGUCAAAUGUAAUUUCCCAACGAGCUAUGAUAACGUAG